AUGAAUCCAGACGAGCCCAAAACUGGGCCAACGUCAGGGUUAAUCAUACAGCAAACUGCAAUUUUGAAUCAACCAUGCUAUUUGCUUUGGGUGACUAAGCCAGAUAGUGGGAACAAUUGUAUUCAUGGUGAAGACUAUGUAUGUCUAACAAGACCAGGAUGCCCACACCCACAGGAUUUGGAAAAACUUAGUCAAG